AUGGACGGCUUGAUUGCGGCAGCAGGCAUUCAGAAUGUUGUCCCAGCAUUAGAUUACCCACCAGAGAAGAUACCUGAGGUAGGCGCAAAAUUCCUGAGCUUGCGUUUCGACGUUGGACCCUCGCGACGUACGCUGUAUGCUGAUAUUGCCCAGAUGUUAGCGGUCAAUUAUACAGGCGUAUACCUGUCAGCAGUAGCAUGCGCCAAAGAAAUGCUGAAAUACAAAACCCCGGGCUCGAUGUGCUUGGUGGGAAGCAUGAGCGGUCUGAACGCCAACAAGGGCUUCACAAGCUCGGUAUACAAUUCCAGCAAGGCCGCCGUAAUUCAAUUGGGCCGCAGCUUGGCCAUGGAGUGGGGUAAUAUGAAGGAGUUUGAAGACUGCGAGCCAAGGAAACGUGGUAUCAGAGUUAACGUCUUGUGUCCUGGUAACAUCAUGACUCCGAUGGUUGCUAAGAAUUUCGCGGACGACCCGCAGUUACGGGCAACCUGGGAAAAUGCAAACAUGAUGAACAGGAUCUCAGAGCCUGACGAAUAUCAAGGUGCUGUGUUGUUCAUGUUGAGUGAUGCAAGCUCUUUCAUGACUGGUAGUCAUAUGGUAAUCGACGGCGGAUAUACAGCGUGGUAA